CUCGCGUCAGGCUCCAGGAGCGGUGGCGGCAAGUGAGGCUAGGGAGCCGGUCCUACCCGGGAGGACAGAAACGCGUCAGCCCCCCGAGAGUGCACGCAGGGCCUCGGUCCUGCAGCCGUGGGUGUGAGGGAACGGGGUUUGCUCCCAGUGGGGAGAGCGCUGCUCCCAGUGCUUCCUCAGUGCCGAGCAGUGGAACCGAAUGGGAGUUGUACAGAACAUAGCCUGAACUUGUCUUGCAGUACAUGCAGGGUCUAGAUCGUGCGUUCCUUUGGGUGUUAUCUACCAGCAAAUAUACCUGACAGGCUGCUUGCCUAAGUUUCAAAAAGAGAUUGGAAGCUGUGCCUACAGCUAUCAUAGUGUUACAGAGGGAUCCAUAAGGACUGUCAAGUCCAACCCCUGGCUCCACACUGGACCACCCAAAACUCAAACUCUGUGUCUGAGAGUGUUGCCCUCAUGUUCUCCAAGUCAUCUCUAAAUGAAUGACUGUCAUCAGCUUUAUUUUGCUGAGCGGUAUUUAUCACUGAACAUCCCAAGUUGGAAGGGACCCACGAAGAUCAUUGAGUCCAAUUUCUGGCUCCAUACUGGACCACCCAAAAUCAGACCCUAUGUCUGAGGGCACUGUGUGAACACUCCUUGAAAUCAGGCAGCUUGAGUUGGUGACCACUGCCCUGAGGAGCCUGUUCUAGGACCUUACCACCCUCGAUAUUUAGAGUAGGCCCUGAGCACAGCGCUUCAGUACUGUGUGUGCUCCUGCUGAAGUCCAUCAGACUACAAGGAGCUGAGCAUCAAGAGGUGUUUUCAAGAUCUCCUUUAAGAUUGUCAGAUCUCAUAGUGGCAAGAUGCUUGUGAAGCUGUUGGGUACAUGCAUAAAUUCUACCUACAAAUUGCAGUGUUUACUAGCAACAAUGUCUGGUGGUCAGAAUGCUGACUGGAAACAUCUUGAGUUGAAUGGUUUCCCAAAACUUAUGUCCUCUUGAAUUCUCACAAACUUCAACAGAAACAUUUGUGUAUCCCUUAGCUUGAAUUAGUUGCAACUUUGUUCUUUCACAUAAGUAACCACAAUCAGAUGAAUACUUUGUACACUCUCAGCCAUUUGUUUAUUAAGGCAAUGUAUACACAGAGAUGCAGUGCAAGUUCCCUGAUCUCAAAGUAACUUAAAUGUGGCUCCAUGCCUGUGACAGCUAGAAAGGACAAACUGCAUCAUCUUUGUGGGUGAGCAUUGACACACAAACAGCAAUAAAAAAUCAUUUAAGUGCAAUUGGUUUAAUUUCUUUUGAGAAGAGGUCAUCUUUUCACGUUAAGCCAUUUGCUUACCUUACUUUUGAAAAACAAAAUCAGUUUCCAAACUGAUCAGAACCAAAGUGCAGCUAUUGCAUAGUGGUGCAGUCCUUCUGUAUGCUAGCAGCUGUAGAAUAGAAUAACUCAGAAGAGACCUGAAAUUUGGAAGCUGCCAGGGGGAAGGGUGCUGCAGAAGCCCUAGUAAAAAAGAGCACUUUCCUCUGUUUCCUUUCCCAGGCUGACAUUCAGAAUGGCUGCAGUGGUAGUGUCAGGAAACUCAUCAGCGAGAUGUACACCUUCACUACAAAAUGUGCAACCCUUAGGCUCAAAAGAUUUGAAUCAAUCCUUAUAAAGCAAAAUGAUUCAUGCCUGUUUUUGUCUUUUCCUUUGCUUCAUCUGAAAUUCAAGAAUUCGUUAUUUCUCUUUAAGUAUCUCACUCUUUGCUAACGUGUUUCUGACAAAACAUGUCUUUAAUACAAGUUCAGGUACAAUUUUGUUUGCGACAAAAAUCAAAGAGCUAUAUUCUCCCCUCUUUCCAUUUCUGUGGAUAAAUUAUUUAAGUGACAUGAAGAUUUUACAAGGAAGAAGUGGUCUUGUUACAUUUUUUAAAAUAACAAACAACAAAAAAUCUCCAUCUUAAUUAAAAAAAUAAAAAUAAAAAUCAGUCACACUUGAAGGAUGAGUGAGGAAGAAGACUUUCCUUUCCCAUUGUCUUCCAGAGAAUCUUCAUUUUGUUCAGGCAUUGUUUCCCAUUUUACGUCGUGGUUCUUCCUUAUGGGAGGGUUAUUUUCAUUCUCUGUUUCUCAGAACUUUUCCUGUAGAUGGGAACAGGGGAAGGAGCCCAGACGUGGCAACAUAUUCUCAGGCUCCUGCAGGACCACCAUGGCUUAUGAUGACUCCAAGAAGAAAGAAGAAUUCCUAGAGAGUGACCGAAGUGCUGAUGACAUCAGAGCACAUCGGGAGAAAAAGCGAUAUUACAAGGAUCUCGUCGUGCAAGAGGAGGAGAGGAUAGCAGCUCAGGACAGUGAGCUCUUUUCAGGGACAGAACAUCACAAAAAGAAGAGGAAGCAUUCCUCCGAUGAGUUCUGCUCCAGGGGUCUUUCAUCUUUGGAUCUACCAUCAAAGAAGAAGAAAAAAGCAGUUUCUAGCCCAUCCUCCACUGACAAAAACAUGGAUCUACUCAAGGCUAUCGCCACACCUUUGUCCACAAGCUCUAAGUCUUCAAAGAAGACCUCUGAAAAAUCAUCUUAUUCUUCCUCUGGAUAUUCUGAAAGCAGAAAGGAGCACCACAAGAAGAAGAUGAGUGGGAGCAGUGCAGAGCACUCAGUGGACGAUGGCAGCUUCCACAAAACGAAAAAAAUGAAACCUCUUUACGUGAACACAGAGACACUUACUCUUCGUGAGCCCGACGGCUUGAAGAUGAAACUUAUCCUUUCACCAAAAGAGAAAAGCAGUGCAACAGAUGAUGAUUCUUUCUCAAAAAAAUCCUCAAAGAAAUCGUCUCGAGAUGAGCAAGGGUCAUUCCAUCUGGGUCACGAACUGCAUAGCUUCCUGAAGUCAUCUCGGAAGAAGCACAAACCUCCAGACUCACAUCCCCCUUCUGAAACUUUUGGUACUGACACAUCUGUUUUUUCAGAAGGCCAUGGGAGUGAGUAUGAGAUUUCAGGUGUGGAGGCACAGCCAGAAUCGGGAUCCUCUUCUGCUGGGGAAUUGGAGGCUGGUGAGCUAGUGAUAGAUGACUCCUACCGGGAAAUCAAGAAGAAAAAGAAGUCAAAAAAAAGUAAGAAAAAAAAAGACAAGGAGAGGCACAGAGAGAAGAGGCACUCUAAGUCUAAAAAGAGUUCAGGGCACUCUUCUUUGGCAGUAACAGAAAUAACAGUAUCGCCACCUCCUCCUCCCAGCGCUCCCUAUGUUCUUCCUUCACCUCAUCCUACUGUUUUUCACUCAGAUGGACAAAAUGAGAAGAGGAGGAAAAAGGAAGAAAAGGAGAAGGAAAGACCUGAGAAAGAAAAACCAAAGAAGAAAAACAUGUCUGCCUAUCAAGUGUUCUGUAAGGAAUAUCGGACAAAUAUUGUGUCCGAGCACCCUGGGAUAGAUUUCGGGGACCUUAGUAAAAAGCUGGCAGAAGUUUGGAAGCAGCUACCUGACAAGGAUAAACUGAUCUGGAAACAAAAAGCUCAGUAUCUGCAACACAAGCAAAAUAAAGCAGAGGCCACCACUGUAAAGAGAAAGGCAUCAUCUUCAGAUGGGGCUCCAAAAAUAAAAGCUUCUCUACCAGGAGCCAUUUCCCCUCAUAAGAAAUCUCCCACCAGCACUGUGGUGUUGCCUUCGUCACCAGCCAAAGCCCCUGAGACAGAGCCUAUAGAUGUAGCUGCACACUUGCAGUUGCUGGGUGAAUCUCUGAGCCUCAUUGGACACAGACUGCAGGAAACAGAGGGAAUGGUAGCUGUUUCAGGAAGUUUGUCAGUACUUCUGGAUUCUAUCCUCUGUGCUUUGGGGCCGUUAGCAUGUCUGACUACACAACUACCUGAGUUGAAUGGCUGCCCUAAGCAUGUUUUGUCAAACACACUAGACAACAUCGCUUACAUCAUGCCUGGACUUUGAUGGGAAAGGAUCCUGGGAUUUACUCAAGUUCUGCAUAACUGACCUGUGUACAUGUACGUUACACUGGCACUCCCUAGGGGCUCCACGUGUAGUGUUUUUAAAGUUUUAUAUAUGUAUAUCAUAUGCAUAGGAUUGUAUUUUAUGAAAAGUUGUGAAGCUGAGAGAACCAUAUUCUCUUGGUGGAUAAAAUGUGAUCCGAUAUGGAAGUAUUUGUAAAAAGAAUUCAGAAAGAUUUUGAGAUAUUAGCCUUAAAUACAGAUCCUUUAAUGGGGGAAGCAGCCAGAGAAUGUACUUUUGGAUGUAAGGAAAAACAUGUAACCGUGAGAGUGGUCAUUGAAAUAGGUAGCCCAGAGAGGUUGCUGAAUCUCCAUCCUUGAAGAUGGAGCCUUCUCUAGCUGAACUUACUUUAAAAGCAGGGGCUCAGAUGGUUUGGUUUGACCCUUUAUGAGUAUUCUGUGAGCCGGCAGAGAUGGUAGAAUAUUUUGGAUCAAGGAAUGGAACUGAACUCAUCACCAGCCCCAUUUCUGUUUUUGAGUUUAAAAUCUGCUUGAGAGGAAAGCUGAAUAGCUGAGCAAGGGUACAGAGAGCUUUACCUCUUGAUCGCAUCUUCUAAGCCCCUUCUUCAGUCAGUAAGUAGCUCAAACUUGUCAGUGUCAGCUCACCAGUCUGGUAGCUGGCAUUUGAAAUGAAGAUGAAGAUAACAAUUUAAUCUUUUCUUGUGGAUGUGCACCCAAGUCAUCGCUAGUGUUGACAUACCAACAGACUUUCUUGGCUUCAGAGAAUGAACUUCCUGCUGAUUUUUCCAGGGCGUGGUCAGCCUGCUUUGAUGGAGAGCGAUAGCAAAUGGGAAAAAAUUGGAUUGCUUCUCCCCAUCUUACACUCAGUUUAUGAACAGACAACCUUGAUUUCUGAGAUUGCUGACCGCCCUUCUCUUUCACCAGCAGCGUUGAAAGAGCCACGGUGCUGCUGGGACGGUGGUUGAUUGCCACUUAGAAGCAGUUACAGCUUACCAAGGCAGUAUGUGUUGACAGGACUGGUCCCUCUUCUUUCCUGCCACAUGCUCAGUGUUUGGCUUUCCACUCCUCUAGAAGAGCUGUAGGAAAGCACCUGAUUUUCAUAUAGGCUUUUGUGUGUCUAUAUGUGUUUACGUGGUGUUCAUAUCAUAUGUAUUUAGCUUUUACCGAUAUCUCUAACAGAUUUUAAUUUAUCCUGUACAUUACUGUGUACAUAUUAAAAUGUAUAUACAUAAUUUAAAAGCAGAAAUCCCUCCCUCCGCAAGCAGUGGGAUCAGGCUCGCCUCACCGCACUUCCUGCAGGAAUCAGCUGUGUGUGCAGCACUACGCUUUGGCAGCACGUGGGGAAAACCGUGAGCAUUUACAGAAACGGACUGGCUUGCGAAGCUGAUUUUUCCUCCAGCACCUCCAGCCUCACAGCCACGUGCUCUGACUCUCAUAUCUGUGUCCUUGACCUGAGCCUCAGACCCAGGCAGACACAUUUUAAUGCAAAGGGACAGAGGGAUUCCCUUCAGCUUUGUCUUCUCUACAAUGGAAACCUCCUGGAGAACGGCAAACUGCACCCAACCCCGCUGUAUUGUAUUUGUAUUUAAAAUUUGUACACUUUGUAUAAUCUGUAUCUUGUGGUAUUUGGUACUAGAGGGAAAACUUUGGCAAGACUUAGCAGUUUUUAUAUUUUUGUUAUUUCCUUGCCGUUUGAUCCAGACGCCCUUACAACACCAACCUUUUUUGUACUGUCCUUACAAUAUAGUUUCUUUUUUAA